UAGUUUGUAUUCGUCGCUAUUUUAUUAGUCUGUAUUAAUUCUUUCAUCGCGGACAAAGUUCCUCCUAGGACACCAUGUUGUAACCUAAAUUUCCACACUGUCUCGAACUUCUGCCGUAUGACAUACAGCAGGAUGGACCAUAGCGUUGUGUUCACCACCCUGGAGGUCGUGUGUGUGGAAGCCAUCUCUGCACUUUCUGGGAAUGUUGGUCUAAUGCAGAACGAGGCCACGGCUCAACUGCUGGCGACGCUUAGGCGGAUUUACGAACAUGGGCGUGCUGUCGAGGCCCUUGUCAGUGGCUUCUCUGCUGUGUACCACCAUUAUGAUUUUGAUGCUGAGACACCUGCCAAUGGGUACCGCUCCUUGGUUAAGGUGGUUCGUUCCUGUAUUCUUCAUAUAAUCCAGAAAGCUCGAUACAUCUCUUCCAACUGUGGAGGGAUAUUUUUCAGAGUAGAGCACAACACUGGCGAGAUGGAGGCCUACUGCACGGCGCUGUGCCAGCUGCGUGCGUUGCUCUACCUGGCACAGCGGUUGCUUAACAACAACAAACAUGGGCAGCUGUACUCAUGGGAAGACGAGAGUCUGAGCCAAAAGUUCGUUAGGGAGUACGCAACCAUGCACAAGGCCUGUUUCUAUGGCCGCUGCCUGGGCUUUCAGUUCUCUCCUGCUCUCAGGCCUUUCCUGCAGACUAUAGUCAUUAGUAUGGUGUCACUUGGAGAAAACUUUGAGAAGCAGCAAACUAAAAUAGGAAGAGCAGCAUUGUCGUUCCUCACGUCAGGGAAGUACGUCAUGGACCCUGAGCUCAGAGGAGUGCAGUUUGAACGCAUCACCCAGAACCUGGAUAUGCAGUUUUGGAAAACCUUUUGGAAUAUCACAGAGACAGAGCUGCUGACAGGUUUAGCGAGCAUUGCAUCAAACACCGUGCAGGUGAAUAUGACUCUGACAGUUCCGGGUAAGCCUCUCAGUGUACCCCUGGCCUCAGACCCAAAUCUAUCAGUCUCAGUGUCCCCUCCAAUUGCACACUGGGGGCCGGGACCAGUUCACGUACGUCUCAUCUCUUACUGCCUUCGUCCGGGACAGGAUAAUGCCGAGCUGUUGGCAUUGUCUCGCUCUGAAGGACCUCAGCUCUCUCUUCCUGCGGGUUUCCGGCCUCAGAGAGGCAUUCUCUCACCGUGGCUGCUAAUUCACUUUCAUGGUGGUGGAUUUGUGGCACAGACCUCUAAAUCUCAUGAAAGUUAUCUAAAGAGCUGGUCGAAGGAUUUGAAUGUGCCUAUUCUUUCUGUGGAUUACUCACUGGCCCCGGAAGCCCCCUUCCCUCGGGCCCUGGAGGAGUGUUUCUAUGCUUACUGCUGGGCCCUAAAGAAUUGCCACUUACUAGGUUCUACAGCAGAGCGAGUGUGUUUAGCGGGGGACAGUGCUGGUGGAAACCUGUGUAUAACAGUCUCCAUGAAAGCCAUGUCUCACGGGGUACGAGUCCCUGAUGGCAUUAUGGCUGCCUACCCUGCGACUCUCCUGACAAUGGAUGCCUCACCGUCACGCCUUCUGACACUGAUCGAUCCAGUGCUGCCUCUGAGUGUGCUCAAUAAGUGCAUCAAUGCCUACACAGGUUUGGACACUGGCUCCUUGCAGCCCAUGCAGCAGCUGGACACCCUGGCCGCACUGGGUCGAGACACUGCACAUUUACUAGAAAACAUCAGACAAGAAGCUUCCAAUUGGCUGCAGUCACUGUUUGACCCCACAUCCUCUGAAGCCGCUAGAUCAUCCACCAGUUCUCGUAAUGCUGUGCCCGGCAGGCAGCAGAGUGCCAGUGAGUUUCCGGAAGGAUUCGAGCCACUGCGCUCUGGAUGUCCGGCAGAGAUUCAGAUCCCCUGCACCCCUAUCAUGAGGAACCCGUUUGUGUCUCCUUUACUUGCGCCUGACAGUCUCCUUAAGGGGCUGCCGCCUGUACAUCUAGUGGCUUCAGGCUUGGAUGCCCUGUUGGAUGAUUCGGUGAUGUUUGCCAAAAAGCUGAGGAGUAUCAACCAACCAGUGACCUUGACAGUAGUGGACGACCUCCCGCAUGGUUUCCUCAGCCUAGUGCAGCUCUGCAAAGAGACGAAGGAUGCAUCAGACAUCUGUGUGGGACAAAUCAAAAAGGUCUUUGAGCAAGACUUAUCAGCGAACAAUUCCAUAGAUGAGUAAGCUGGGUGAUCGCUAACUGAACAGAUCAAAUGUAGUAAACAGUGUAAAACCUAAAAAGAUCAAACAACAACCAUUAAACCUUUACUAAGCGAGAAUGAA